AUGAUUGGACCAGUCCCUGGAAUCGAGGUUGGAGAUGAGUAUCAAUUCAAGGCAGAGCUCAACAUAAUAGGUCUUCACUUUAACAUGAGGGGUGGGAUUGAUUACAUGGAGGAAGGGAACAUGAAACUAGCUACGAGCAUAGUCUCAUCGGAAGGUAGUGGUUACACCGAUAGUUGUGGUUCUGAUGUGAUGUUUUACUGUGGUGAAGGAGGUCACAAGGGUGUUAAAGUAAUCAAAGAUCAGAAGCUUGUUGCGGGAAACUUGGCUUUAGCUAAUAGCAUGGAGAGAAAGACUCAAGUGCGAGUGAUACGUGGCAAAGAGAGAUCGGACCAUAGAGGAAAGGAUUUUGUGUAUGAUGGUCUAUACAUGGUUGACAAGUACUGGACAGAGAAAGGACCUCACGGCAACAUCAUGUACAAGUUUAAGCUUAGUAGAAUAGCUGGUCAACCUUCUUGUGACUUUUUCAAACGAUUAGUGUGA